AUGGAGAAAGGUGCCCAGGCCUCAGACUCUGACAGUGAUGAGACAAUGAUUGAGGGGUCGGUGACAGAGAACGAACUGGAAGAUGAGGAGCUUCCCUGGAGAAGGUUGCUCUUGAAUCAAGACCCAACUUUUAGAUCUGAGUUCUGUUUUCAUUCUGGUAUAAAUGGGAUGCAGAAAGGCAUGCAUUCUCCUGUGAUUCAGCUUGGACUCAAACUCAGAAAGGACUCACAAGAGCAAAAUAAUAAAAAUAAGGUGUUGCCUGCUCUUAGUGAGGACCUAAUGUUACAGGAUCCUCAGGAUGAAACACCACAAAAUGAAGUUCUGUUACAAACUAGAAAAGAAUUCCCAGCAUUCACUGUGUCAUUUCCUUACCCUGAAGUUUCAUGGAGUCGCCAAAACAUUGGAGGGCCUGAAGCUGAAAAUUGUGAAAAUUUGUCACACUCAGAAAAGGAACUAAGUGAAAGCUCAGAUUCCCCUGAAGCUAGUCUUCUCUCAGGGACUUCUCUUACGGCAUCUGAUUUGGUUACAUUAAAGGAGAAAUUAACAGAGCCAGUGAAGACCUUAGCAAACAAGUUUUCUGAGCCUGGAAAGGAAGUAACACAGACCAUGACAUCUAAAGAAACCAAAGAUGAAGAAAGCUCUCUUGAAACAUUUGUGUCUGCUUUAGAAAAGUUACUAGAAUCACCAGAAUGUACCCAAGAGGAAAGGCUGCUUGAAAAAAUGAAUGACUUCAAUCCUCAAGAGUUGUUGAACACAGUGAGCAACUCCUUGAGUUCUGUAUCUGUCCCUUUGAAUGCCUUGUCAGCACAUGAUAGAGAUGCACUAGAGAACAAGGCUGAUGCUGCAAUGCCAGCUAAAUUGCUGGCAACUGUCAAUACACUGCCAGGUGCUGCUGUGAGACUACUCUGUCGAGGACAAGAGAAAAGCAGCAGUGUUAGUGGUGGAAAUGGAUGUUUAGAAGUGCAGCCCACCAUGUCUCAGAUAGAUGAAGAUUGUACACAGAUAGCACAGAGUAUAGAAGACCCAAAACCAUUUAGAUUACAAACAUUGUCUCGUGAAAAUGCCACCUCUUAUGAGCAACUAAACAAAAAGGAAAAUUCAGAUUCCAUGAAAAACACUUCUACCCAGGAAACACCUCAUGUACUAAGAAGAUCGUCUAGACUGGAAAAGCUGAAAGCAAGCAGAGAUGUGGUGCAUACAGAUGUCAUAUUGAAGAAGCCAGAAAGGAUUUUAUCAAAAGCACUUAGCUGUAAGGAUCGAAUAGAUAGCAUACUUACAACUGAGAAUUUCAGAGUCAAGGAUUCUGUUUUAAUGAUUGACAGUAAAUGGAAGAAUAUGUAUUCAUCCAGAUUCAAGAAUGAACAGAUAAGGAAAAAUGGACAACUUAGAAUAAAGAAUGGGUGGACAGCACUUCAUGAAGCCAGUGUAGGAGGGUUCUAUGAAACAGUCAGUGAACUGUUAAAGGGUGGAGCAGACGUGAACGCCAAAGGAAAAUACCAGAUCACUCCCCUGCAUGAUGCCGUGAAGAACAGCCAUCACAAGGUGGCAGAGUUACUUCUUAUGAACGGAGCAGAUCCAUUACUUAAAAGUGCCCAUGGACGGUGUGCUUUGGAUGAGGCCAAAGAUUCAUUUAUGAGGAAUCUCCUUAUGAAAUAUAUUCCUCAACAUAAAGACUGUCAGCUAUCAGCUCAAAGGAACAAUACUGACACAGCACAUGUAGAAGAUAUGUUUCAGAACAAGAAACCAAAAUUAAGUUCUAAUAAAUAUACUGAGUUUAUUUGGAAAGAAAUUUUUAAUAGGCAAGAACCUGGACAUUUAGAAAUCAAUAAAGGAAACAACAAUUUACUUAUGAAUAAAGAAUAUGUAUUUGAACAUUGCCAGAAAAAUUUCAAUACCACAAAAUUUGGCAAUUCCAAGCCUAGGCAGUCAACUUUUAACCAAAUAGACUCUACAAGAUUCAGAAGGAGUAAUCUAAACAGUGUGAAAGAUAGCCAAACUAGUGUGUCUAAAAGAAAAGGGCAAAAAGAUACACAACAAGAAGAGACUCAAAUGGAUGAUAGAGACGACAAUUUAAGUCAGGAAAUAGCUACUUAUUCUUUCAGGGGAAUGAAUAAAUUACUCACUCAGCAGCAUCAUGCUGUCCAGACUCUCAGUGACCUUCCAGAAGACUCAUGUGAACUUUCUACCCCAACUCUAUCAAGCUUGGAAAAUGGUAUAGGUAACAAUGAAGCUUAUUUGAUUUCCAAAAAUUCGGAUGCCCGAGUCCCGGAUUCAUCAGAUAGUCAGGAAAUGCAGUUCUUAGGGUCCAUUGAUCAAACUGAAACUGCUUCUGUCUCUGAACUUUCAUCAUAUAAAGAAAUAAAAUUAUCACCUGUAACUACAGAUCAACAACCUCACACUAACCAAGAACAAUGCAGUGGCCCAUGUAAGUCCCCUGGAAACAAUAGCUCAGAUGGAAAAGGUAAGAACAUUAAUAAAUGGGAAGAUUCUUUCCUCUCCUUCAUAAGGGGAAGCUUUGCUGACAGAAAUAGCCACACUUUGGACAAGUCCAUAGCAUCUCCAAAAGAUGGCAUGGGCCACUGUCAUCACGAAGAGAUAACGACAGAUAAAGAAAUAGAUUCUCAACAGCUUCUAUCUUCUGAAAACUAUUUUUUACAAGAAAGUGACCUAAAAGUUGGUACCCUGACUACACACCCACAAGAGGAAGCUGUUAAUUCUUGUGAUUCAAGUAAUACAUUAAUUUCUGCACAACACAUUCCAAAUUAUGAAAAGUGUAUACAUGGAACUUCUUUUGCUCACUCAUACGGCAAUACUGAGCAAAGUUCUAUGUUUUGUACAAGACCACCUUCGACACAGAAAGUUUCACCAUUGUCUGUUGAGGUGGAGCUAUUAAAAAGAUCCCAGGAUUCUCUAGCCCACAGAGACUCAAGUCUUUUAGUCAAUCAAGCUGAUAUACCUAAUGUGGAAAAGAAACAAGACACUGACAGGGAUUAUCCCGAGAAAGGUCAAAGCCCAUGUUCUUCAAGUUGCUCUUUCCCGACAGUUGUUCAUUCCCAAGUAAUAGACAUCACUAAAGCUGAGAACAGCAGAGAAGACCUUCCAGGAAAUGAGCCCAUGAAUAAUACAGAUUUUUAUUCCACUGACAAUGUGAACAAAGAAUUGACCAAUUCCUCACAACUUAACCAAGGAAAGGAGAGGGAAAUUGUUCAUAAAUCAGGUAUCAAAGUGAACACAGCUGGAAUCAAUAAGAGGAAUGCCAAAGGAGAAAGCAGGCUCCAUGUGGCUUCCAGAGGAGGAAAUCUUUCCCUAGUGAAAGUGCUAAUAGAAUCUGGAGCAGAUGUGAAUCUAAAAGACAAUGCAGGUUGGACACCCCUUCACAAGGCAUCUAGUGGGGGGUUUGAUGAUGUAAUUGUAGAGUUACUAAAAGCAGGUGCAAAUGUCAACUCUGAAAACAUACAUGGAAUUUUGCCUUUACAUGGUGCUUCUGCGGGGAAUCAUUUAAAGGCAGCUGAGAUACUCCUACAACAUGGAGCAAACCCUAGUCAGAAAGAUGAGAAACAGAGGACUGCUUUGGAUGAAGCAGAUGAUGAAAAAAUGAAAGAACUACUAAAAUCCUAUGAUGCUAUUGAGAGUAACUCUGCAGUUCCAGUAAAAUUUCCUGCUGUUCAGCCAAAAAGAUAUAAGCAGUUUAUCUUCGACAGUGACAAAGCAAUUGGUUCUCCUGUCCCCUCACAUAAAGCGAAGAGGAGUGAGAGCCUCCCUGCGCAUCAGACCAUCAGUGCCAUUCUACAAGAUAUAGAAGAGAAACAAGAAAAUUUAUUAAAGUUUGAAAUAAGAAACUCUAAAGAUGAAGAACAAUACAUUGGAAAGAUGUUAGAGAUAAAAGAAGUUAUGGAUAAUAUACUUGCUCAGCAGAAAACAGAAAGGGAUGAUCUAGCUAAAAAAUACAGGGUAUCAAUGGAGUCAUUUAAGCAUGGGCCCCUGAGAGAACAACUGGCUAACCUGGCCACAAGACAAAAGAGUCUUUUAGUGGUAGCAAAAAAACAGAAAAAGAUAAGACUGAAAAUUCAAAACUAUAAGAAUGCCACACCAUCGUCUGCUGUUAGUUUAAGGAAGGUGCCAUGUAACGCAGACAUCUCUAGUGACAAGAAGAGCCAAGAGCCUCCUCGUAUGGGCAACUCAGCACAUGCCCAGUCAGGCUCGCUUGCUCCUGUCAAUCGUGCUUAUAGAAGCAUGCAAGAAGUACCAUUGUCUCUGGAAAAACAAAGUGACUGCCAGAAUACUAACAUUUGUUUAAGUGCAGAGGUAAUAAGAAGAGAAGAAUUCUCUGGAAAUGACACAAAUUCUAAACAAAAUGUCCAGGAUUGUGCCUCGGGAGGGUUAUUAAGAUCCACAGCCUCAGAGGACACUGAGAAAAUUACAUCAUUGUCCCAACCUACUGCUCUUACUCCUCAAGCAGAAAAUUCACCAGCAGAAAAUAUUUUUACAGAAGCUACAGUAAAAGGCUAUGGAUGUGAUAGUUCUGUACUAACUGGCACUAUAAGUAUUUCAGAAGAUAAAAGUAUAUUUUCCCAAAAUGAUGCUUGUCUACCAGCUGUUCCUCAGAAUCAAGAGCUUUUCCGUUGUAAUCCAAAAAGAAGAAAGAAGAAAACAGCUUCCCAACAACCACCUGAGGGAACAUCAGAGCCUCUGGCUCAGGCCAUUGCUGUCUUAGACACCUAUACUGUGCAUCAGACAAUCCCAUGUCUUAAAAAGACAGCUUCUGUUGCUUCACAGACAGAUAGCAUUCAGAUCUCUCCCUCCUCUGUGUCUGCCCAGCAGCGUUCUACCAAAAGGGCUCCGUACCACAGCAUGUCUCCCAGAAAGAAAACUGUGCAGCUCAAAGACUUGAUAGUACUUGGAAAAAUUAAUCCAGGAAAUAACAUUCUGGAAUUUAAAACACAGGAGACUACCCACAAAGCCAGUGUUUUACUGAGUGGUAAACUUAAGGUAGAAAAUGGUCAGAUUUACCAGAACCCAGUCAGCUGGCUCAAGGAUCUCCUGGGAGGUGACAGUUACGUGACCUGGAAUUAUGCUUGGAAUAAGGUAACAUACCUUGGAAAGGAACUUUUGAAGUAUGUUUCUGAAGAAGCUCCUACUUCUGCAGAACCGUAUAACACACCUCAGCAACAUCAGCCUUGCCUCUCAGGCACUUCCAGAGAGUCGAUACAAAUCAUCCCUCAUUAUCUUCAGAUAAAAGAAAUACUUCUAAUCAGCGAUCAAGAGCUUCUGCCAUGCCAUGUAAUGGAGCAGCAUUGGAAGUUCUAUGUGGAAUGUAAGAAGCUAACGUUCUGAAGCCUUGCUUUCUUGGUAGCUUAUUUAGCAUUUGUUCUUAUAAUCACCAGCCCUUCAUCUCCAUCUUGUAUGGUGGACAUAUCUUA